GUUGGGCAGCGUCAAGACAGGGGACGCAGGAAAGAGCCAAGAGAUCCAUGCUGACCAACUGGGAGAUCGCUUUGAAGGGAAAGGGAGUGCAGCUCGUGCCCUACCGACGGGAGCAUGUUCCUACCUACCAUGGCUGGAUGCAAGACCCUUGGAUAAGAGAGAUGACGGCAUCGGAACCCCUCUCUCUAUCGGAAGAGUACGCCAUGCAGCUCUCGUGGAAAGAAGACCCCAAGAAGUGCACCUUCAUUGUCCUGGCCCUCAGUGGCGGUUGGGGGGGAGAGGGCGAGGAAAAGGAUACCGGAGAAUCCGCGGUGAUGGCCGGGGAUGUAAAUCUGUUCUUUAACGACUACGAAGACCCUGGCAUGUGCGAGGUGGAAGUGAUGAUCGCCGAGGAGGGUCUUCGAAGAAGAGGGCUCGCCAAGGAGGCAGUACUGAUGCUCAUGCGCUAUGCCUUGGACAACCUUGGUGCGACGACGUUCUACUGCAAGAUUGGUGACGCAAACGUGGCGUCCCGCGCACUGUUUGAGAAAUUGGGUUUUCGUCGACAUGCGUACGUGGACGCCUUCAAAGAGACUGAGCUGCGGCUUCAAGUCGCCGGAGGGACGGGAGCGUCGACGGAGGGCAUGACGGAGAGCCCGGAGAUGGCGGCGGCGGCGGCGGCGGCGGCGGCAACGUUGCGGGCGCAAACCGAGCACGUGGAGACUAUGCCGUGCCCUGCCCCGGUAGAGGCAGAGGCGGGAGCGAUCGAAAAGCGGUAGACGUUGUCGACACAUGCAUAUUGUAGAUACUCACCUGACCGAUGGGGCCCUCCCAGCAGUGGCCGACAGGAAGGCUGUAGACGGUGUCGACGCAAAAUGCUCGCUAAUCAGAACGGAGCAUCCGCCUUCCAUGGCCGCCGGUCAUGGGGCCACUACCUGGUUCGGGUGGCUGGGGCCAUGUUUGCGGGCGCGAGCACCGUUGAGCCCGCCUAGUCGCCCGUUGCAUUCACCGGUGUUAUCUGGGCGAAGGGUCAAUCCCAUGGUGUUCCCAGGUUUACCGAGGUGGUUGAACGAGGCGCAAGUUGUCAAAGCUGACCAACUAUGCGCUCUUCGUGUGUUUGUGCUAUCUACGGUACGCGACUGCACGGUACGGUGCACGAAUACAUUUGUGAUUGAGGGCGUUUCGUGACGUGAGGUAAUCUUUUACUGCCCUAGGCCCCCCCUGGGGUCAACACGUGUUCCUCAACUGCGCUCUAUUUUAAGUGUCUUGUGUCAAUUUUGUCUCUUC